AUGUCCCUAGAGCAGCGCGACCAGACACUUCUCCUCCAGGUGACAAUGAGCGCUUGGAGAGAGUGCGUCGAAGAUCGACGGAAGCACGCGGUGAAUGAGAUGCGAAAGCAGUUGCAAGGUCUUCAGGGUGACACUUUCAUGAAAGUCAUAAGAGGCCCUUCCACUGCCACAGAUCCAGCGUAUCCAGGUGCCUCACCACCGAAGAAAGGGCUUUGUCAACGUAUGUGUCGGUGCUUGCCAUUUUGCUGCACAAAGUCAGGCAGCACAGCGGUGAGCCAGGCACCACCAGCCAAGACCAAGACCGCACCCUCACAGCUCCCAAGUGCAGCUGCUGAUACAGGCAAACUACCUGACCAGCCAGGAGGAGCGGAGGUGGCCAGUUCACGCGAGGUUGUUGAGCAACCAGGUUUGCCUGCUCAGCCGCCAUCAGAGCUUCCUGCUGGUAGCUUUAUUCCGGAAGCGCCAAGUGAGAAAGGUCUUAGCACAUUGCCUGAAGAGCCUGGCGAUGGCUUGAGGCGAUUUGAAGGUGCUGAAGGAGCAGCAGGUGCUGGACCCCAGGCUGCUGCUGGUUGA